AUGGUGUUUGCCGACGAUGGCGAACUUGAUCCUUGUACUGGUGAAAAAAAACAGGUGGAAAGAGAGAAGCCAAUUUCCUCUGAGCCAGCUAUGAUUGGAACUUCCUGUUACCUUCCCCAGAAAAAGUCACAGAAAUAUGGUACUCCUCAGAUGGAAAUGCAAGAUAGGGCAUCUCCACAUACACAAGCAUCAGACUUCUUCCCUCAACCUGAGAAUGGAUCUAUGGUGGCACAGGCCAUUUGUCAACCUCAACCCCAUGUUUGCAGUGUGUCUUCAUGCCAUGAACAGCCAGAGAAAGAAGCCCCAUGCUACUUACCUGAAAUGCGGGACAAGUUCCCUUCUUCUAAAGUCAUGACAGCUCAAGGCGAGUCACAGAAGAUGGGUGUGACUGCUCCAUGGGCCGCAGGUUGCAUAGACUGUGGACCACUAGCAGGACUGACCGGAACAAGACCAGUGGUGGAUCAGUACUCAAUAACACGAUACAGUGAGGAAGAAUGGCGCAAACACAAUGCAGAUGUUCUGAGAGGCGCAGACAAGGCAACACAUCAUGCCAAAGUAGUGGAUUUUAAUGGGCGACAGUGUGAAAUUUUCACGGCUGCUGACACAGACAAAAAGCAGAGUGAUAACACGAGACAGCUGUCACAGCGUGUGCAUGAUGUGCAUCAACGGAAAACUGAGUUGAAGCAUGCAGUUAGAGCCAUGGCAGAUGAGAUCAACACAUUAGAGCUACAACGACAGCGUCUUAGGACAGCAAUGGGGGUGCUACGAAUGCCAGAAUUCAUUGCAGGGGAAUGUAUCAACCGAAGAACAGCUAGGCUGGAAGCAGAUCUCGUGAGAGAUAAGGCUGAAGAAGAACUUAUUAAGGAAGCUGCACUGAUACGAGAGGCAGGAGACCUGAUGGGUCAAAUGCUGAAACAGGUGGAGGAGCAGCUGAAGCACAAUAAAGCCGUCAAGAAACGCCUUGAAAUGGACUGGAGUGACAAGAAAGAAUCUUACGAAAUUGAGGCAAUUAAUGUAGGACUACGAAUUACCAGCAAAACUCUUCUCUUCAAACCUGGGGCUACAUGCUUCCCAGAUGGACAGUCAACUCCAGAGGGUUGGGAGCAAUACACAAGAGAAAAUCUCAAUCUUCUGAAAGCAGAACAUAAACGUUCUGUUGAGUUGCGACACUUCCUGAGCAGCUUUAUGUCUGAUAUGGCACGUGACCUACGUACACAAGCUGAUCGUGUUGAAAUGGCACUAGCAAUGAGAAUUGCUGAGACUGAUGAGGCAAGGCAGCGAAUGGAGAAUGAGUUGCUGAAGACUUUACAACGCAUAACUGACACUGAAAUGUUGAUAGAAAACUUGAAGCAAGCCAUUAGGAACCUGGAUCCUGCCAUGAAGAAGGCUCAGACUCGACUAGACAAUCGCCUCUUGCGACCACAGCAAGAAAGCUGCCGAGACAUCCCACACUAUGGGUUGGUGGACGAGGUGAAGGCAAUAAGUGAGAGUGUGUCAGCACUGAAGGCUCAGCUGCAUCAGGCCGAGGAGUCACGUUGCAGUCUGAUGACAGCUCGGGCUAACUUAGAACGAGAAAUUAUUGUCAAGAGAAAGACACUGUAUGUAGACCGAAAUCGAUGCCAUGAAAUUCGCUCACACUACCCUUCAACAGUAGCCCUGACUGGAUACUAGGUUCAUCACCAUGUUCAAACAAAUAUAACAUGUACACACUAUCUGCACUUUUUAUUUGUUUGGCUUCUUGUCUGUUCUUCAUUUCAGGAAGUUAUUUUUUGCCAGUUACAUACUUCAGUCUUAUACAGACAUAAUUUUUUCCUGUCCCAAGCAUAUUGUAUGUGUCUCUGUGUUGGUUGCUAUGCAACCAUAACUGUUUUUUUUUGUAAUGCAUAAAGUGAACUAUGAUGCAGAACAAAGACAAAGGUAAAAGCUAAGGUAAAGCUAUUCCUGUGACAGACCAUGAAGGCCGAUAAUGUUGUGAGACGUCGAGGCUCCUACAGACAAAACCAAACACAAACACAUCUAAUAGAUCCUUUGCAAAUUUGGUAAAGUUUGAAUACUUUGGAACACCACAAACAGAUCAAAAUUGCAUUCAUGAAGAGAUUAAGAGUAGACAAAAUUCACUGAAUGCUUAUUACCAAUCAAUUCAGAUCUUUUAUCUUCCCAUUUGCUGUGUAAGAACAUACAGACUAAAAUAUGAAAAACUAUAACCAGCAAGUGCCGGUCAUGGUAGCCGAGUGGUCUAAGGCAUGCACUGUCUUCGCUCGCUCGGAACCCGGGAUUCGAAUCCCA